CUCAGUGGUGAGGUGAGCAGUGAACAAGAUGGAGAGACACAGAGUCGUUCACAGCCGCGAUGAUUCAGGAAAUUCCUAGUGUCCUGCACUUCCUGUAGACGGACGCCGGAGUCUCGCAGGAGUCUUGCGUGCGGGGGAAGUGUUCGUGGCGUAGGAAAUUGUCCCGGGAGGAGAGAUUUGUUUAAAAAGGGAGAUAAUGCCCCUUUCGUGCCAUAUGUAACAGUAGUUGUGUACCCAGAAGUGGAGUUGUGUGUCGAUGUCAACAGUGUUUCUAAAGGAAAAAUAUAGGUUGACAGUCGUUUUGUGCCGCAAGUGCGCCGCGAAGACCAGACUCGGUGGUAACGCUGCCGUUCUCGAAAGUGUGCGGUCGAUGCUGUAGUGGGUGGCGAGACGGGCAGCGAGGCCCGCGUGCGUGCUCGGUAGUUGUGGGCAUAAGCAGCUCACUGACAAAUCGCUACUGCAGCUCCUCCGGUCCGGCCAGCUCCGAGCGGGCGCAGCGAGCUCGGCAGGCGCAGGGCUCAAGCCGCACUCCCGACCCAUGUGCGAGGAACUCUAUCCCGCGCUGCCCUAUGACCCAAGGUGGCCGCCACGAGCUCCGCUGGGGCAGCCGACCCGACACCGGCCGUUAGGAUGGCAACUCUAGGGCUCUCCAAAGUCUUCAUUCUCGACAAGUACUUUACCGAGCUCCAAAAAUUCUGGGAAACGGAGAAGAAAUUGCAAGAUGCGUGUGGGACGAGCGAGGCGGCACAGCUGGAGCAGCGGCUGAGAUCUCUGGGUUGCGAGCUGGUAACACUGCGGUCCCGUCUUCCACCUGCGCUCCACCACUCCACCCCCACCACCGCCCAACCCACGCCCGCCACCGCCCCCACUUCCACCACCGCCAACGCAGCUGCCAACAACAACAAUAACAACAACAACAACACCUCUGCCACCACCUCGACCAACAACAGCAACAACAGUUCGACCAACAACAGCGCCAUCGUGAGUUCGUCGUCGACCGCGGCCACUCAUCCGACGACCAGCAACAAUAAGAAGAAUUCGUUGACCGCCCACACGCCCGGAGGAACCGUGUUGCCGCCCGCCUUUCCUCUCUCGCCGGGCUCGGGCGGAUCUGACGCCCACAUAACGCCCAAUAACUCCACCCUCGACGCCCACAACACUUCGCAGUCAUUCCUUGCGGAUGGUAGCUGUGUCCGGAGCGGCAUGGCAGGCGGCGCCCAGGAAGUCGAGGACCUCAUCCACCUGGCCGGCCCCCUCACGGAGGACGCGGUGCUCAAGACGCUGCACGCCAGGUUCUGCUCCGGCCAUUACUUCACCAACGUGGGGCCCAUCCUCCUCUCCGUCAACCCCUACCAUGAGGUGGGGAACGCGCUCACCCUCACCUCCACCCGCACGGCCGCCCACAGCCCCCACCUGCUGCGGGUGGUCCACGAGGCGGUCCGACAGCAGAGCGAGACGGGCUACCCGCAGGCCAUCAUUCUCUCAGGUGCUUCAGGAUCGGGCAAGACGUACACGUCGAUGCUGCUCCUUCGGCAGCUGUUCGACGUGGCAGGAGGAGGCCCCGAGACGGACGCCUUCAAGCACCUCGCGGCCGCCUUCACCGUCCUGCGCUCGCUCGGCUCCGCCAAGACCAGCUCCAACACGGAGUCCAGCCGCAUCGGCCACUUCAUCGAGGUGCAGGUGACGGACGGCGCCCUGUACCGGACCAAGAUCCACUGCUACUUCCUGGACCAGACGCGGGUGGUGCGGCCGCUGCCCGACGAGAAGAACUACCACAUCUUCUACCAGAUGCUCGCAGGACUCACGCAGGAGGAGCGCGCCAAGUUACACCUCGACGGCCACAGCGUGAGGACUCUGCGGUAUCUGAGCGAGGGGGACGUGAGGCAAGACGAGGCGGAGGAUGCGCGCAGGUUCGAGUCGUGGAAGGCGUGUCUGGGCGUCCUGGGCAUCCCCUUCCUGGACGUGGUGCGCGUCCUGGCCGCCGUCCUGCUCCUCGGGAACGUCACCUUCAUCGAGGGCCAGGGGCUCGAGGUCGACAUCCAAGGAGGAAGUCACGAGCUCAAGAGUGUGUCGGCGCUGCUCGGCGUGUCCUCCGCCUCCCUCUACCGCGGCCUCACCACGCGGACGCACAACGUGAGGGGGCAGCUGGUCAAGUCCAUGUGUGACGCGAAUAUGUCCAACAUGACCCGCGACGCCCUGGCCAAGGCGCUCUACUGCCGCACCGUCGCCACCAUCGUCAGGAGAGCCAACUCCCUCAAGCGCCUCGGCUCCACCUCGGGCACACUCUCCUCCGACAGCAACGAGAGCGUCCACCACCAGGCCGAGGUGGCGUCGCAGCACGCGUCCACCGUCGGCACCGCGGGCUCCAAGGCGUCCAAGUCCAUGAGCGUCCUCAACAACGCCGUGAAGCACGCCACGGACGGAUUCAUCGGGAUCCUGGACAUGUUUGGCUUCGAGGACCCGAAGCCGUCCCACCUGGAGCACCUUUGCAUCAACCUGUGCGCGGAGACGAUGCAGCAUUUCUACAACACGCACAUCUUCAAAUCGUCGAUCGAGUCGUGUCGAGAGGAAGGCAUAACGUGCGAGGUGGAGGUCGACUAUGUUGACAACGUGCCCUGCAUCGAUCUUAUUUCUUCGCUGCGCACCGGCCUACUCAGCAUGCUCGACGUGGAGUGCUCCGUGCGGGGGACGCCGGAGAGCUACAUCCAGAAGGUGAAGGUGCAGCACAAGGGCAACCUCAGACUCUUCGAGCCCAAAGCGAACCACAUCCGGUCCUUCGGGAUCCAUCACUUCGCUAACAGAGUCAUCUACGACGCUUCGGAUUUCUUGGACACCAACAAGGACAUCAUAAGUGACGACCUGGUGUGCGUCUUCCACAAACAGUCUUGCAACUUCGGCUUCGCGACGCACCUGUUCGGCUCGGAGUUGAAGGCACUGUUUUCGCAGGACCCCGUCCCUAGGGGCGUCUCCUUCAGGAUCAGCCCCACCUCUCACACGGAUCUCCAAAACGGCGACGAACCGGUGUCGACGCUCACGCAGGACUUCCACACGCGCCUCGACAACCUGCUGAGGACGCUGGUGCACGCGAAGCCCCACUUCGUGCGCUGCCUGCGCUCCAACGCCUCCGAGAAGCCCGCCAUGUUCGACCGGGCGACCGUCAUCAAGCAGAUCCGCGCUCUGCAGGUGCUAGAGACGGUGAACCUUAUGGCGGGCGGCUACCCGCACCGCAUGCGCUUCAAGACGUUCAACAUGCGCUACCGCCUGCUGGCGCCGUUCAAGAAGCUGCGUAGGGUCGAGGACAAGACGGUGGACGACUGCAAGCUGGUGCUGGAGUACUUCGUGCGCUCGCUCGAGGACGUGAACAAGUCAUCGACCGUGGCCAUCCAGUGGGCGCUCGGCAAGAGGCACAUCUUCCUCAGCGAGGGCGCCCGGCAGCAGCUGGAGAUGCUGCGCAUCGAGACUCGGCACCGCGCCGCCACGUUGAUCCAGGCCGUGUGGCGCGGAUGGCACUUCCGGCGCCGCUGGCCCACGCUCAAGCGCAACCUGGAGCUGCGUGCGCGCUCGCGCACCGUCCGCCCGAGACCGCAGCCCAUCGCCGGCACGCCGCCGCCUGACGUCAUGGACCGCUGCGACCAGAAGACCAUCCAGCAAACCUGCUCGCUCUUCGGCCUCGACCUGGAACGGCCGCCGCCUGUGCCGCCGAGCCGCUCGUACACGAUAACAGGAAAUCAUAAGAUGGGUUACCCACAGACACGUGUCAUGAAGAUGAAUUUCCCGGAGGACGGCGGCGGCGCGGAGACGGUGCUCCUGAAGGGCGAGUCCGUGCUGGUCGUGGGCGCGUCCCCCCGGCGCGGCCACCUGCUGGUCGAGCACCAAGGCCACUCCGUCCACGUGCCCUUCCAGUACAUGGAGCUCAAGCCCUCGGCGCAGCCCGGAGUCAACAUCUAGACGGCGGUCAAGGAGCAAGCAAGGAAAUGAGGCUGAUGGCGAGAGGAAGAGACAGGGAUUUCAAAGAUAGAAGAAGAAAUGAGGGCUAGAGAAUUAGAUUCGGAAAAAUACCUUAUUUUUUAGAGGGGAAAAGAGGUGUGUGUUUACCCGCAGUUUUUUUUUUCUUCUUUUCCUUUUUUUUGUCUAAACAUUCGUAAGGAAGGAUUCGGUUGUUCUUCCACGUGUCCCCUACAAACGAAAGAGAACGAAAGUGGUAGAAGAGAACUGAGACUGAAAACUCGACUACAACCAAUCCAGACAAAAGGAAGAGAAAACUAAGGUGGAGACAUUUUCGCUCAUGGCGGUGGCGCAGGUGACGAAUGCACACGAGUGGCGGUGUUUUCAGAAAGGAAAAUACAUGAAAAGGCGUUGACGUAUAAACAAAGACAAGAAAUGCAAGUGUGUCGCCGAAAGAGUGAAUGUUUUCUUUGACAUUCGCUGGUGAACAUGAUUGUGAGAACAUUAUGAUGUUCGUAAAUUACAAGAAAAAACUUUUAAGACGUUUUUAUACCUGAAAGGGAGCAAUUAUAGACUUCAAAGUGUGUAUAUAUAUAUUAUAAUUAUGAUAUUUGUAUGUGCCAAUAUUGUUAGGUAUUUUUAUAAGUUUAUUGAUAUACCUCGUUACUUAUCUAUGUCGUAUUUUUUUCUUUCUUUCUUUUUUAUCAUAACUACAUCAUCGGAAAUGUAAUGAAUGAGUAUUUGAUAUUCAAGAUACCGCAUUUUGAUCCUUGGUGCUACAUGCUUUUAGAACCAGUGUCGUUUGCUCUCUGGCUUGUUCAUUUCCCGUCUACGUUUUCUUCAUGGAAAGUAUUCACAGUAUUAUCACACAACGUUUCCAGUUCUCCGAACCCUUGGUCUGUUUGCGUUCGCUUCUCUUGACUUCUGUUUCGUUUCUUCUUUCUCUCCCUUUUGCCCCUUAUUUCAUUAGUACUGUUUCCUUUUAUUCAUAGUUCUUGUGAUCUGUUUUUAGUUUCAUUCAUUUCUUUAGUCUGAGCUUUAUGCUUUAAGCUUACUCUCUCUCUCUCUCUCUCUCUCUCUCUCUCUCUCUCUCUCUCUCUCUCUCUCUCUCUCUCUCUCUCUCUCUCUCUCUCUCUCUCUCUCUCUCUCUCCCUCUCCCUCUCCCUCUCCCUCUCCCUCUCCCUCUCCCUCUCCCUCUCCCUCUUUCCCUCUCCCUCUUUCCCUCUCCCUCUUUCCCUCUCCCUCUUUCCCUCUCCCUCUUUCCCUCUCCCUCUUUCCCUCUCCGUCCCUCCCCCUUUCCGUCCCCCUCCCUGUCUCUCUCUCCGUCUCCUUCUAUCCCUGCUUCUCUCCCUCUUCGUCCCGUCUGCCUUGGACCCUGAUUUUUCCUUUUUCACAAAGACGUCCACAUUCCCAUGUGAGAAAGUGCUCAAUGAUGUAUAUAUUAUUUUUUGUUUGUUUGUUUAUUUUAUAUUUCCGCCCACAUAAUGAUGAACGUCGUGUAAAUACUGUAUAUGUGGCACCCAAUUAAUAUUUUAUUUUUUACUAAUCUCAACCACUUAACGUGUACAUCGUCUGCUAUGAAAGUUGUUAUCGUAUUAUUUUUUCUUUCAUUCUUUUUUAUUAUUAUUAUUAUUAUUUUCUCUAUCUCUCUAUCAACGUAGUCGAUAGAAGUGACAAAUAAUUUCCUUUUUUGUCAUGUAUGUAGGAACAGGUCUCGCAGAGAAUAGAAAAUCACGCUGACAGGCUAUAUCACCCCCCCCCCACCCCGCCCCCGCCCAUUUCCCCCCCCUCUUCCCCCACCGCCUCCGUUUUCUUCUCCUUCUCCUCUCUUCCUUUCGCUUAAUUCGCGACGGAUUUGCAUUCUCGUCUCGUCAUUCUCUCGGUCUUUCCGCUUUCUUCUGUUCCCGAUCUUCCUGUUUUUUUGUUUUUGUUUUUAUCUCUAUUUUACCUUUUUUUGUAUAAAAUGUAAUGUAAAUGUCGUGGACUGAGAAGUGGUUCUACGUGUCACUAUUAUUUUAGCUGUUUUUUUUUUUUAUUAUUAUUAUUAACUGAUGUUUUGCAUAUAUAGAUUCUUUUAUCUAUAUAUUGGGGAGUAUUGUUUUCAUACUUAUUGUCAUUAUUAUCAUCAAUGUAUAUCUCGAAUGGUCAUAUUAUCAUCAUUAUUAUUAUUAUUAUUAUUAUUAUUAUCAAUAUUAUCAUCGUCAUGAUUAUUAUCAUCAUCAUUAUUAUUAUUAUUAUUAUUGUUAUUUUUAUUAUUAUUAUUAUUAUUAUUGUUAUGAUUAUUAUUAUUAUCAUUAUUAUUAUUAUUAGCAUCAUCAUUAUCAUUACCAUCGUCAUUAUUUCUUUAUCAUAACUACCAAAAUCAUCAUCGUCAAUUAUAUUAUAUAGCUGUUAUUAUUUCUACUUUUUAUGGUCAUUACCAUUAUCAUUAUUACAGAUUAUUAUUAUCUAUAUUAUUAUUAUUAUUAUUAUUAUUAUUAUUAUUAUUAUUAUCAUCAUUGUUAUUAUUAUCAUUAUCUUCAUUAUUGUUGUUAUUUUUUUUGUUAUUAUAAUCAUCAUCAUUAUCACUAUCAUUAUCAUUAGUAGUAUUAUCAUUGUUUUUAUUAUUAUUAUUAUUAUUAUUAUUAUAAUAACCAUCACUCUUAUCAUUUCUGUUAUUAUUAUUAACAUUGUUUAUAAUAACAUUACCAUUACCAUCAUCACCAUCACAUCCAUCAGUUGUUUGUCAUGCGUCAUGUGCCAAAUAGGAUUAGUUACAUUUUUCUUUCUUUUCUUUUCAAAAGGUUUCGACUCUUCAGAAAAAAGGCCCACUAACCUUAUCGUCUGUUGUUUCUCUUCCUCUACGUUUUCUCGCAUUUUUCUACCUCCUUCCCCUUCUGCCUUCCACUUUCUCCUGUGCCCCCCCCCCCCCACGUCUUCCCGUUCUCUCACCUCUCAACACUCCUCCUUGGCCUUCCUCUCCCCCUCCCCGCCCCUCCUUCCCCCCCUUCACCCCGCCUCCCCACCGGGCCUCUCUCAACGCCAUGUUUCUCGGCAUGAGCGCGACCGUCUCAUUAACUCAGGGUUAUACUGUGGAGCGUGUGACGGGGCCUGUUGCGUCGCCGUUACGUCAACGUUACGUCACACAUCUCCUUUCCAGGAGACGUCUGUUACGCGUGGUUGUUUUAUAUAUAUAAAUAUAUUAUACAUAUAAGCAGUUUUUUUCAUUUCCUUUUCCCCUGUUCCUUCUGUCUCCUUUUCACACGUACUGUUUUCUCCUCUAGUGCAGGACGGCAAACGUGAGUGCAUGAUCAGGCCGUUGGGAGGCGAAGAGAAGGAUGACUGCAUGACAGUCUGGCGCGAGAAAGGUUCUGUUGAUGAUUUUAGAGUAAUGGGUUUUGACAUGCACUUACACACAUACACACUUACACGUACACACAGGUAUGUAUGUAUUUAUGUACUUAUGUAUGCAUGUAUAAUUACUGUACACACAUAUAUAAGCAUUCCCAUGG